AUGCUUCAAUCAAAGCCAAUCGCCCUUCCAUCCACCUCAUCAACCCUCGCGCCAUCAUCACAUCGUCAUGCGACAAAACGUGCUCAACAAUCACAGAGCCAACAGUCGACAGUACAAAAGAAAGUCAGUGCUGUUGAUGCGAGCGAUGAUGAUGAUGUACUGAUCCUCGACGAACCACGUCGUUGGACGAAAAAGCGACGACUACUGGGAAAAUAUGAGAAGAAAUGCUCAUCGGGUGGUGAAGAUGACUCAGGAACUGAACCAGGAUCGUCAUCGUCUUCCAGCGGAACGCCAAGUGAUGGCGAAUUUAAUUGUGAAUGCGCAAAUGACUCAGGAUGUGAUGAUGAGGAUGAUGAGGAGGUGUGUGAUAAUAAGGACCAUCAUAAGGAUCAUAUUGAUGAGUUGUGUUGGCAGUUGGAGGAGAAUUUUAAGGAAAAUAAUGGCUUCUUCCGUCGAUCGAUUCAACAGAAAAUUCAGUAUCGUCCGUGCACAAAAAAUCAACAAUGUAUGAUUCAGCGAGUCAACCGCAACCGUUGUCAAUACUGUCGACUGAAGAAAUGUAUUGCUGUCGGAAUGAGCCGAGAUGCCGUCCGAUUCGGUCGCGUUCCAAAGCGCGAAAAAGCGCGUAUCGAAGCUGCAAUGCAACAACAGACACGUAAUCGAGCACUCACAACGCAUGUAUGGACUGAUGGAAUUGAAGACGUACAGAGCAUCAUUGACACAGUCGUUGGUGCCCACAUGGAGACAUGCGAAUUUACUCGCGAGCGAGUCCGUGAAAUGAAACUUCGUGCAAAAGACUGUCCAAAUUACACAGAGCCCACGAGGGCUUGCCCACUAAAUCCUGCACCAGAAAUCCAAUCCGAGCAGGAAUUCUCUCAACGAUUUGCUGACGUCAUUCGUGGCGUGAUUGAAUUUGCCGGUAAAAUUCCUGGCUUUGAAUUACUCGCGCAAGGUGAUAAGUUUACAUUGCUCAAGGCUGGUCUCUUUGACGCUCUUUUUGUACGCCUCAUUGGCAUGUUUGACACAUCACUCGACAGCAUUGUAUGCCUAAAUGGUCAACUUAUGAGACGCGACUCAAUUCAGAAUGGUGCAAAUGCAAGAUUUUUAGUCGACUCAACGUUCAAGUUUGCCGAGAGAAUCAAUGCAAUGCAGUUGAAUGAUGCUGAAGUUGCACUUUUCUGUGCUGUUGUGCUUAUUGCACCUGAUCGUCAUGGAAUUCGUAAUUAUGAGCUGAUACAGCGAAUGCAUGCGAAAUUGAAGCAGUGCUUACAGCAUGUUAUUGUUAAGGGACGUCCAAAUGAGCCUGAAUUUAUGGGCAACUUGAUGAACACAAUUGGCGAUCUUAAGACGCUCUCGACCCUCCAUACUGAGAAGCUUGUUGUAUUCCGUAAUGAGAUGAAUCAACAAAUGUCAAAUGGACUUGAGCAGCAGAUUCAAGUCACUGAUGUGUCGACGCUACAAAAGCCACUCACACAGCAACAAACACUCAACAGCACCACAUCCCCACCAUUAAAUGGUCACCCUUAUCAACAAUCACCAUCGCCUCAUCACCAGCCACAAAUCCGUAUGUGUCCACGUAUCAUGGAUGCGCAGUCAAGUGACGGUAGCAUGUCAACAAUCACAAGCAGUGAACCAUCACCGCCACCACCUCAAAUGCAAAUGUGUCCCGCCAAACAAUCACCAAUUUUGCUCGCAAAGCUCCAAGGAUGUCCGAUGGGAUAUCAAGCACAGCAGCAACAACAGCGAAAAAUCAUUCAACAUCGAAGCUCAACGGAAUCGCCAACAUCACAACAACAGCUGUCACAUCCAAAUAUUCCAGCUGGUACAACAAUCACAGCUGUAACACGUCCAAUGACACAAGGUGGACAGACAACCGUUGUACAGACAGUCACGAGGAAACUCGAUAGUCCAACAGACUCAGGCAUUGAAAGUGGAAGUGAUGGUGGUUGUAUAAAUGGAUCAAAAAUUGGAUCCGGUUCAUCGUCGUGCUCGUCACCACGAAGCUCACUCGAAGAUGUUCCAGUCAUGACACAAUCGUUGGCCGAGUCACUGCCAACAUUAAAACGUGCUCUCGAAAAACCCGCAAUUUUUGAUCCAAACAUGUACCAUAAGAAGUUUAGACGAUGUCCACAAGGUAGCGAUGGUGGAUCACCGCCAAUUAUGAUUCAUCACAAUGAGCCAAGUCAACUGCAGACAAUCCUUACAGCACCACGCAAUAAUGGACAUUUGGCAAUGACUCAUUCGAAUCUUGUCGAUCGUCUUAAGAUGGCACCAAAAAUGAGUGAGGAACAUCGAAAGAAUCAAGAGCUUUUGAAUCGAUUCAUUGAUCAAGGUGGUGUUAUUAAGAGUACAGCUAAGGUUCACAUUUCAUCAGCACCAAUGGUUGAUAGUAUGGAAGGUGCACCAUUGAAUUUAUCCAAAAAGACAGCGCAAACGACGACAAUUGUCAUUGGAAAUGGAGGAAGUGUCAGUGUUAAUGGCGAUGCUGACACAAAAAUCAUGGUUGAGGCGUAA